AUGUUUGAAACAACAACUGCAUGUAAUAUUAUUAUACGUGUAAAAUCACUUACACGUACGCCAUUUCAUGCACAAGUUAUUGCUCCAGAUGGUAACACUAGUGAAAAAAAGCUUCUAAACAAGAAUGAACGAUUAAUUUUUCAAGAGAAAGCUGAUAAAUGUGGCUUGGGACCAUUUCAAAUAAAAACAUUCUCUGAUAAGAAAGAAGAAAGUGUAAAGGUAACAUUAAAUGGUAUUGGUGCUGUAAACUAUGAAGUUGGUGAUGAUCUAAUACCAAAACAAAUAUUUCGACAAGGAGCUGAAUGCAAGGGACAAUGUGCGCCAUUAGGCGAUGUUGUCCAACCACGUAAAGCAACAACAACUGUCAAAGUAUGA